CCGUGGGUGAUAAUGAUCGCUAGAAAAUUGUGGGGUAGGUGGAGCGUGAACGCUUUCGUUUUCGCAGGAGCGUCGCAACAACGCUUCGGGCAGUGGUCAGAACCACCAUCCAACAGUGAUCGGAACACACGCGUCGCCUCUUUGUUUAGUUGCUAAUUGAACAUCGGCCAAUCUUGACGCAUUCGAACGAUGUUCAUAGCUUAUUAAACCCGGGAACAAAAUGUACAGUAGAAUAAUAAUUAUAGCACUCUUAGUUUUAUUGGUUCAACAAAAUGUGGAUGCAAGAAAACAAAGGAAAACGAAGCAACCGACGGAGACGGAAAGUCCUGUGCCACAGCCCAGCGUCUUAACAUAUUCAACUUUCGGAUUCAACGACGUCGCCUCUCGGGAUGGCUUCGUGCCAACUUCUCCAGAGUACUCAAAUUAUCAUAAUAAAUAUAAGGAAUCAUCGGAGAAAUUGUACGCUCCUGCUUUUCCUUCAGCACCGGACCCAGAUUUUACAAGUAAUUCUCAAUCUUUAAAUGGAGAACCGUUUACAAAUACUGAAGGUGGACAACAAUCAAAUAUGGUACAAUUUAAUCCUACAAGUUUUUAUAGAUCUUCAAAUGUUAAGUCUGAAGACACCGUAAAUAAAAAUUCAGAUGGAGACUACAAUAGAGGUUCAGAAAAUAAUAACAAUCCGGUAUACGGAACAAAAAUAAGCUAUAACAAUAGAAACAUUUCAUUUAAUGGAUAUAAUAAUUCAGAGAUAGUAAAUAGUGAAUCAUAUAACAAUUAUAAAUACUCAAAUUUUGACGAUUCUCAUUAUUAUAGCGAUAAUAAACCAUUACACGGCGGUUCUGUUAACUCAAACCAAAAUCUAUACGAUUAUACGACUUAUCCGACUCAAGAAGUAGAAAAUUCAAUGAAGGCUGCACCAGUUAAUUCACAAGGUUCGUUAAAUUUCCCAAAAGUCUUAGAAUUUACUAAUCCGAAGCACUAUGAUACAUUAGAAACUGAAAACAAAUAUACUCCAGUAAUGUCUAAACCAUUAGAUACGUUUAAUUCGUUAGCUAAUAGCGGAAGUAACGGUAUGCUAAGUUCCUAUGAAGAUAAGGCAAAUAAACAUAUAAAAAUGUCUCCAGGCUUUAAAAAUGUUUUAAAUAAUAAUGUAGAUACGGUGUCCAAAGAAAUUCCAACCACGUAUCAAAGUUUUGCUAAUAAAUAUUCUAACUCUAAAUAUAAUGCAAAAAGUAAAAAAUUAAAUUAUGAUUAUAAAGAUGUUGGGAAGAAUAAACCAUGGACAUCUGACAACAAUGAUAAAAAACACUCAAAUAAUAAUUUGAAAGGCUAUGAAUAUGCGAAUAAUUUUAGUAGCACUAGUUUCAAAUUUGAUGAUAACGAACAUAAAACAAAAUAUAAUUCCAAUACCGAUGAAUUGAUUUCAUUAAGUAGUAAUAACAUUGGUUAUUCUAAUUAUCACUUACCGCAAUACGAUCAUACAAAUAUAAAACCCACGCCGGGCAUCAAACAUCUAUACACUGAUAUUAGAGAUGCAUUACCUAAAAAUAAUGGGAACUCGUAUAGUCCUUCCGAGGAUUACUUAAAUAAGUUUAAAAAUUUGUAUGGCACUGUACCUAUGUCAUCUACUAAUUGGGGAAGUAUUUUUAAGAAUACUGAUUACUCGUCCUAUAAAACACAUAAUUAUAAACCAACACAAGAAACAGAAGAAAACUAUGACUACGUCCAUAUACCUAAAAGGCCCAACAAUUAUAGAUUUGAAAAAGACUCUGACAGUGUCUUACGGGACUGGUCUGCCUAUAGCAAGAAACAUAAUACAUUUAGUCCUCAUAACAAUGAAUGGAACAAAGAAAAAUAUAACAACAGAUUUAAAUCUGAGGAGGAUUUAUUAGGAUUAAGAAAUCACGAUACAUCACAUCCCUCGUAUCUACCGACAUUUCAAUAUCAUGGAAAUGAGGAUUCCGAUGAAAGUUUUAAGGAAGCUGUAGAGAAAUGGAGAGAAGAUUAUAUAAAAACAAAGUAUAGAGAUAAUCCAAACUACGAUUAUGAAGCUUCAGAAGCAAAACAUGUGCACUCUGUGAAUCCAUAUCAAAUAGAAGUGUCACAUCCGGUGAUAGUGCCAGUGCCACAGCCUUACCCGGUACGCGUACCAGUAGCAAAGCCUGUCGCUGUACCAGUCAUGCAGGAGGUGGCCGUACCGAUAGAAAAGCCUGUACCGUACCCAGUCUACAAAAAGGUUCCUUAUCCCGUUGAGAAACUAGUGCCUGUGCCUGUUGUAAAACAGGUGCCAGUACCGGUAGUGAAACCUUACCCAGUAGCAGUGCCUCAAAUACGGCCCGUGUUCCACCACUCCCGACCGUUUGCCUACCGCGACGAGUACGAUGACCACGACGACGAUGACUACUUCCCACGGCCAGAGAGCAGCAAUAUCGUUUAUAACAAAAGACCGAAAAGUCCACGAAGUCGUCUGCGAAGACCAUCACGGAUGUCUCAUCAGGAACGCAGUAAGACCAGAAGACCACAGAGAAGACCGAACUCAUCGCGCGAGAGAGACCAACGACGCUAUGUGAAACCAUCUUCAGAAUACAACCGUUUUAGGUACCAUGAUAACGACUUUGAGGACGAUCAUGACCAUAGUGAUUAUUUUACUUACUGUAAGAGAAUUGGCAAUUGUUAAAAUACCACGAUUUUCUGAGAUCACUUUCGUUUUUGUUU